UAUACAAACGAAAUGGAAAUAUAAGAAAAACGUGGGAUCAUUUGCACCGCUAGUCCCACAUGGCAAGUACAGUGAUGACUAUAUAUGUGUAUCAAGGUCGUCUUUGAAGCCUUCAAGUGAGGGCUACGAAGGCCGAACCAAUUCGCACAAACUGUCGAAGAACAGAGGUUGGUCUAGUGAAAUCCGGUUCAGCCACUGCAACUCCAUCAAAAAUCAAGGGAUGUUGGCCAUCAACUUCUCCCUGGAAGAUAUUCAGGGCAUGACCAAUUUUGAAGAUGAGCGGAAUAAACUUGGUGAGGGUGGUUUCGGAAUUGUUUUCAAGGGAAGAAUCCAUCCCCAAAAUGCUUAUGGUCUAGAUGAGCAAGAUGUUGCAAUUAAGGCGUCACACAAUGCCAGCUUUGAAACUAGGAAUAUGUGGCAGGCUGAGGUUAAUUAUUUGCAGAGGUUUGAUCACGCCCACAUCAUUAAACUUGUUGGCUACUGUGAGGAUCCGGGGAACAGUUUUAUUCUCGUCUACGAGUACGUGGCUGGUGGCACGUUGGAAGAGUACAGAAAAAGGUUGAACUGGGAAGGAAUUCUGAGGGUCGUAAGAGGAGUGGCCAGCGGUCUUCAAUACAUCCAUGGAUUUGAAGAUCCAAAACUUGUUUAUGGCGAUCUGAAGCCAGGAAACAUCCUCUUGUUGGGGGAGGAUCAUGAACCAACAAUCAGUGAUUUUGGGAGCUUGACUGAGGAGAAUCGGACGCAGGCUGUUUACAGUAUGCACUACGUGGAUAUUGAGUUUGUUAUGAGAGGUAAAUGAGUAGUUAGUGGGAGGAUUUGAUAUCAUCAUUGUUGGAUAUCUUGGAUAUCUGCAUGUAUAUAUAUACAAUACUUAUGAGAGUAAAAUUUGUAGUUAUGUUUCAAAUG